AUGGACAUCUCCGUUCUGCCCAACAACAACCAUCCAGAGAAGUUCCUUCAGCUUGACGUCGGGAUGCUGCCGGCCACACACGGCAUGUUCCAGGUCGGGGCGGUCAUGUCCAGUCAGAGACACUGGCAGAACAGGGUCUACUCCCAGACCAACCCAGACCUCACCAUUUAUAAUAUGUAUCAUCUUCUAGCAGAGACCUUCAUCACAGUCUGGACCUGUGUAGAUGUAAGGGAGGGGAGGGUGAAGCCUGACAGCAGCUCUCCUCCGUCCCCAGAGGGCAGUCCUGUGGUGUUUGUGGACAGAUACCUGGAGAAGCACAUCACUCCAGUCACCUUCAAGUCCAACAUCAAGAAGAACCCUCUGUACUCUGAUAUGAGAUCCACGGAGCCAGUGGACAACGAGAAGUCCAAGCCCUCCUGGACUGUCAAGGAGUACGACACACAAACCAUCCACGGCAACCUGGCGAGUUACUUAAAGAAGACUCCUAAAGAUAUGGACUUCUGGCUCGAGGACCUCUACACACCAGGAUUUGACUCCUUACUGAAGAAGACAGAAGCCAAACAUAAAAGAAAAAGACUUUCGAGGGAGGGUGAGCGCUUCACAGCAGAACAAUGA